UCGCUUCCCAUCAGAAUUUUGUGCAAAGGAAGAGGAACACAUCAACACACCAAGAAAACAGUAAAGUUGAAGCAAUAGAAAUGGGUGAAAACAACAAUGAUCAAACUCCCACCAUUCCUCUCCUCACUCCUUACAAGAUGGGGAAGUUUAAUCUUUCUCACAGAAUUGUAUUGGCUCCAUUGACAAGGCACAGAUCUUACAACAAUGUUCCUCAGAAACAUGCAAUCUUGUAUUACUCCCAGAGAACCAGUAAAGGGGGUUUCUUAAUUGCUGAGGCUACUGGGGUUUCUGAAAGUGCCCAAGGAUAUCCUAAUACACCUGGGAUAUGGACAAAAGAGCAAGUUGAAGCAUGGAAACCAAUUGUAGAUGCUGUUCAUAGCAAAGGUGGUGUAUUCUUUUGUCAGAUAUGGCACGUAGGGAGGGUUUCAGAUUCAGGUUCUAAACCAAAUGGACAAGCCCCAGUCUCAUCAACAGACAAGCCACUGUCCCCGCAAGUUGAGGCUAAUGGUGAUGUUGAAUAUUUUAGCCCUCCAAGACGUCUAAGAACAGAUGAAAUCCCUGAAAUUGUUAAUGAUUUUAGACUUGCAGCCAGGAAUGCCAUUGAAGCUGGUUUUGAUGGAGUUGAAAUCCAUGGAGCUCACGGUUAUCUCAUUGAACAAUUCAUGAAAGAUCACGUGAAUGACCGAACAGACCAAUAUGGAGGGUCCCUAGAAAACCGUUGCAGAUUUGCUCUAGAAGUAGUUGAAGCUGUUGUUAAUGAGAUAGGUGGAGACAGAGUUGGGAUCAGACUAUCACCAUUUGCAGAUUUGAUGGAGGCAGGAGACUCAAAUCCGAAUGCUUUGGGACUCUACAUGGUGGAGAGUUUGAACAAAUAUGGAAUUUUGUACUGCCACAUUGUGGAGCCAAGGAUGGAAAGUGUUCCUGAGGACAGUGAGUGUCCUCGUAGCCUCUUACCAAUGAGAAAGGUAUUCAAGGGUACAUUCAUAGCUGCUGGGGGGUACGAUAGGGAAGACGGAAACAGAGCCAUUGCUGAAAAUCACGCUGAUCUCAUUGCAUAUGGACGAUGGUUCUUGGCAAAUCCAGACUUGCCAAAGAGAUUCGAGAUGGAUGCUCCACUCAACAAGUACAAUAGGAAAACUUUUUACUUAUCAGAUCCAGUUGUUGGUUACACAGACUAUCCCUUUCUGGAAGAAUAGCAAUUCUCAUUUGGAGAGACUUCCAUUUAGCUUCUUUAAAUAAAUAGUUGGUCUUUGUGUAAUUUGGUGAUUACAUUUCCACUCCAGAUUUAUUACGCUACGCAAUGAAAUGGAUUAUACAAGUUCCUGACUU